AUCACCUUGUUGCCGCCCGCGCUUCGCAAUCAGCAGGCAAACUCCCUGAAAGAGGCCAACCUUCACCCCUUCAAUCCUCGCGAUAUCAAAAGUGGACCAAUGCCGCAUUUCGAGAGAGCACAUCUUUGAUCUUCCACUAUAUGCGCAUCCUUUAUCGCUCUUGUGAAUCCCAGGCGAAGUGGGGAAGGGAACGCGAUCGCCCAGCCUGACUCCGCUAAUCCUGCGAUAGAGCCUUCAGCAAGCCGUCAGAACUCGAAUACACUACUUCCGAGACCAUCCCUAGGUUCCCAGGACUCUAUCCAAGCCAGUCCAGCUGCAAAUCCAUCAAAAUCCUUCUCGAUGAGCGGAGAGGAAUUGCCGUCCGCUGUUAAGCUAAUGAUCGAAAAGGAAGUGGAGCGGAGAGCGGGGGAGUUAAGACGAGCCGGUUACCUUUGGACGGACAUGCCACUCCACGAAAAGGCCUGGUUCGUUGUUUCGAAUUGCAUAUUAUUAGCUACCUUCGCGACGACCAUCUGGCUUGGAAUAAGUCAAAGACGCGCUGAUGAUGCCUCGGUUUCGAUGGCACAGACGGCGGCGAACGCGAAUACAAUAGCGGAGCAAUCUCUACAGCUUGCUAACAAGUCGGAGACAUUAGCCAUUGAGGCCCUGAGCCAGGCAUCUGCUAAUAACAACAUUAGUGCUACGAACAAUAAUAAUGUGGGGUACCAAGAGUGGUUGAUGAUCGAACAAUACUGCGCGACUAAUCCUUUGUCGAACAUCACAUUUACGAAUGCGACUGGAAAUUAUAAUUGCAGCCAAAUACUGAAUACUAGUGUCAGUUUACCAGUCAUUUGCAGUGAUAGUGGAAACGGUGUUGAUUUUUGCCCUCAAACACCAAUUCCAACACCAUCUCCUUCGGCACAGCCAGGUGGUUUUAGAAAAGGUUCAUUAGUAGGCAUUGUCGUUGGGGUUAGCCUACCAAGUGUUAUUAUUAUACUGGCCUCCAUAUUAUUCUGCUGGCGUCGUCGAAGGAUGAAUAACAGAAUUCUGGGUAGCUCUGGCACUACCGAGAUCUAAGGAUCAGAGCAUGCUUUGGGACCCAGAAUUACGAUUUAGUCAUAGGAGGUAUUUAUUUUGUAAGCAGUUUCAAAGGAUUAAAAGCUUAUUCUCUUAACUCACCAAAUCGCCUCAAAGAUCAUCGGAUUUUUAAUUUUUUAUAGAUUAAAUCAAACUGUUCGUCA